AUGAGGACUAAUCGAAACAUAGGCAGUGGACAUGCAAGCAAGGAUGUCCUCAAUGCAGCAAAGAAGAUAUAUUUAAAUGACGGUCAGAAGAAAGAUUUCGUCCAUGAAAAUGCUUGGCGUAUACUCAGAGAUGAGCCCAAAUGGAAGGCCAGUUACUGCGAAUCAUCUCGUAACAGUGGUGGAAGUUCAAAGCGAACGAAAACAAGUGAAGAUGGUGGUUAUUCAAGUUCGUGUCCGACGACACCAUACUUUGAUGUGGAUGACCCAACUCCUCCUACUCGCCCCCCCCUCCCCCCGGUAUUAAAGCAAGUAAGAAGAGGGGGAAACAGCGAAUUUAGCUCAAGUAUGGAACAUAUGGCAGCAGUCAAGGAACAAAGUUUGAAGCAACAAUCCGAAAAAAUAGAAGCACUUCUGAAAGCUAAAAGAUUGGAAAAAACAGCGAGGAAGAUUGAUCGGGAUGCUAAACGACUACAACUUGCUUCAAAUAAAAUGGAGAUGCUCAUGAUGUUAAUGGCCAAAGGUGAUGAUAAUCUGACUGAUUUUGAAAAAGGAGUGAAAGAAAGGUUGGCACACGAAUGCUUUCCUUAA